AUGUCUGCAACCAAUGGUCUAGAAGCACUCAAAUUGAUUGAUUCGAAAUCUAAAUUAUUAAGUGAUACAUGUUCCUCGAGUUCAUUCUAUUCAGAUGUAGAUCAGAUAAAGUCACAUAAAAUUUCAUUAAUUUUAACAGAAUAUAAUUUACCAAUGAUGUCAGGAUUUGAUGUUUCACAAGCGAUUAGGGCAAUGAAACCACCAAUUUCAAAUAUACCAAUCAUUGUUCUAACGGCUUUACCAGUAGAAGAGAUACGAAAUAAAUGUAUCGAAUUAGGAAUAAAUGAUUAUGUUGCAAAACCUUUGAAAACGGAAGAACUUGAAAAAGUUUUAAUUAAAUGGAUUGGUGAAAAUUAG